UUAUGUGGAAACAUCUAAAUUGUGGGAAGGGUGGCACCCGGAGCGGGUGCUGCUGACCAGUGCCUGGUACCUGAUGCAUGCCAACAAGACCGUGGCUGCGCUCGCAAGGACCACCGUGCAAGCUCUGCAAAAGGACUCGAGAUAAAAUAACUCAUCAUGAUUCUGAAGAUUGGAAUAUCCAUACUCCUAUUUCUGUCCACUCUCCAAGCCAGCCAACAUAUAGACAGGGGUCUCGCUGGACUCAGAGAUGUGAGAUACAGACAUUUCCUGGUGGCAUCUCGCUCUGUCUCCUACAGCAGCAGCAGCAGGACUAAGCGCUCUGCUAUUUUCAGCACAGGGGUCAAAGUGUGUCCGCAGGAAACAGCCAAGGCGGUCAUCAGCAGCCACCGUGCUUAUUACAAACUCAGAGUCUGCCAAGAAGCUAUUUGGGAAGCAUUUCGAGUCUUCUUUGAUCGUGUUCCCAGCUCAGAGGAGUACAUGUCCUGGGUUUACACGUGUCAACAUGAAAACCUUUGCAUGGAUGACCUGGCCCGAAACUUCAGCUCUUCUCCUGAACAUUUGGACAUGGUAGCAAGAAGAGUGGUUGAGCUGGCAGACAGUGAAGGAGCUUUGACUGAAACACCCGAGCCAGGCAGAGACUGCCCCUGGACUCCUCAAGACAGCAUCAUUCCCACAGCACCUGCUGUGAUAUUAGAGGAGGCCAACCUGAUCCCUGAGAAGCAGCAGCAGUGGAUAGUGGAAUUCAGUGUGACUGUGGAGGACCCCAUCUACAGCGAGAUCCUCCGAGACCCUACUACUCCUGAGUAUGCUGAUGUGAUCCGGGAGCUUAGGGACAAGAUGUAUCAUGUUUUUGCAAAAAUUCCUGGAUUCAAAGAAAUCCAAGUCCUGGGAUUUCGGGCAGAGGACGUCACUGUGCGUUAUGCAGUCCUAUUUAACGGUGAUACUGAACUCGGUGACCAGCCAGAGGGGUACCAUGGCACUGAUGUAGAGACACAGAGGGACAUGAACCCACCCAAACUGCAGAACAUCAUCGUCAUGGCUCUGAAACAAGACCAUUCACUGCCACUGGACCUUAAUACUCUCAACUUUGAUGCUGUGUACGAAGUGGAAGACCACAUGAACAAAAUGGCACAUACUGCAGCGCCCCCUAUAGAAGAAACUUCAACCGUUGCUAUGGCUGCAUCUGAACACUCAGAAGAUUCCAUUGUAUCAACAGAAACACAAACAGUUAUGCUCUUCAUCCCUGAAGGUCUGACAGAUGUCAUUUGGGUUGAACCAGAGAAAACUCCCACACGUCCUGCAGAGGAUGCUGUGACACAGGUGAAAGAAGAGGAUGGGUUCUUUGUAGAGUCCCCAGCGACAGAACCUGAAGUGGUUGUACAUUUGUUGAGUGAUGAUACACCAACACAGACCACAGAGAUACAGGCUACAGUCCCCACUGCUCUGGAGCUCACUGUACAACACGACGAGGACAGAGACACUGCCAUGGAGACUUCAGCUCCAGCAGCAGAAGAAGCUUCAGAAGGGAGCAGUGAGGAGAGUGUUCACCCAAUUGAGGAGACUACGCUGACUGAGAGCACCCCCACCGAGGGGGACAGUGUGUCCUCUGAGACCACCCCCACCGAGGGGGAGAGUGUCUCCUCUCAGAGCACCCCCACCGAGGGGGACAGUGUGUCCUCUGAGAGUACCAUCACAGAAGGGGACGGUGUGUCCUCUGAGAGCACCCCCACCGAGGGAAACAAUUUGUCCUUUGAGAGUACCAUCACAGAAGGGGACAGUGUGUCCUCUGAGACCACCCCCACAGAGGGGGACAGUGUCUCCUCUGAGAGUACCAUCAUAGAAGGGGACAGUGUGUCCCCUGAGAGCACCUCCACUGAGUUGGACAAUGGACUCUUCUCUGAGAGCAACCUCAUAGAGAGGGACAGUGUCUCCUCUGAGAGUACCAUCACAGAAGGGGACGGUGUGUCCUCUGAGAGCACCCCCACCGAGGGAGAAAAUUUGUCCUCUGAGAGUACCAUCACAGAAGGGGACAGUGUGUCUUCUGAGAGCACCCCCACCGAUGGGGACAGUGUGUCUUCUGAGAGCACCCCCACCGAGGGGGACAGUGUCUCCUCUGAGAGUACCACCAUAGAAGGGGAUAGUGUGUCCCCAGAGAGCACCCCCACUGAGUUGGACAAUGGACUCUUCUCUGAGAGCAACCUCAUAGAGAGGGACAGUGUGUCCUCUGAGAGCACCCCCACCGAAGGGGACAGUGUGUCCUCUGAGAUCACCCCCACUGAGGGGGACAGUGUAUCCUCUGAGAGUACCAUGAUAGAAGGGGAUAGUGUGUCCCCAGAGAGCACCCCCACUGAGUUGGACAAUGGACUCUUCUCUGAGAGCAACCUCAUAGAGAGGGACAGUGUGUCCUCUGAGAGCACCCCCACCGAAGGGGACAAUGUGUCCUCUGAGAGCACCAUCACAGAAGGGGAUGGUGUGUCCUCUGAGAGCACCCCCACCGAGUUGGACAAUGGACUCUUUUCUGAGAGCAACCUCAUAGAGGGGGACAGUGUGUCCUCUGAGAACAUCCCCACCGAGGGGGACAGUGUGUCCUCUGAGAGUAUGCCCACAGAAGGGGACAGUGUGUCUUCUGAGAGCACCCUCACUGUGGGGGAAAGUGGGAGUGGACUGUCCUCUGAUGCUGACAGAGGCUUGUAUGAGUGGACAUCAGCCCCUGCUAUGAGACAGGCCAGCACUCCUCUGAUGGCAGCUGUAGAAAGGAGCAAAGACCUGGUGGUGUUUUUUCGCCUGAGGGUCUCCAACAUGAUGUUUACAGACAACCUCUUCAACAAAGAAUCUGCUGAGUACAAAUCCCUGGAGAACACCUUUCUGGAGCUGACACAGCGGCCUGGGCUCAGAAAGCAGCAGAACCCUGGAGCUUCCCGUAAAUCAGGGUCACACAGUCUGAGAACCUUAGCCUCCAUCCCGCUUCUUCCAUAUCUGGAAACCAACCUGACGGGCUUCAAAGCCCUGGAGAUCCUGAGCUUCCAGAAUGGCAGCGUAAUAGUAAACAGUAAGAUGAAGCUGAACAAAGCUGUGCCAUACAACGUAACUGAGGCAGUGCACUGUGUCCUGGAGGACUUCUGUAACUCCGCCUCCAGCCAGCUCGACAUCCAGGUGGACAGCCGGUCUCUGGAGGUAGAACCAGCUGACGCGCCAGAUCUCUGUCAGUCCAUCACAUGCUCCGAGUUCUCUCGGUGUAUGAUAAAUGGCUGGAGUGGAGAGGCCGAGUGUGUCUGUGAUCCAGGAUAUAGUGCAGUGGAGGGCCAGCCCUGUCAGAGCCUAUGCACUCUGGAGCCAGACUUCUGCCUCAACGGAGGCCUGUGUCAAAACAUACCAGGCCACGGUGCCACCUGCAGAUGCCCCGUUGGUAAAUACUGGCACUACCAUGGAGAGCGCUGUGAUGAGCUGAUCACUCUGCCCCUGGACACUUCGCUCAUUCUCACUGGCCUCGUGGGCAGUCUCUGCCUUGUUGGUGCUGUUAUCGGCAUUCUAAUAUUUAUUAACAAGAAAUGCAUCAGGCCCCUAAAAACUGUGACCACGGUGCACACUGUUGCUCCUUAUGCCUUUGACCACACGUUGCGGGUGAACCCUGUAUUUCAGAAUGAUGAUGAAUUGAUAACUCAGAUGUCCACAUUGCCUUAUCCUUCAAGCUCUGUGUCUUCACAGUCACAAACACCUGAACAAGAGCAUUUUGCUUCAAUUGAAAAUAUCCAUCUAAGUAUUGAGAUCCCCAGACAGCUCUACACAACAAGAUCAGAAAAGUUAGUAUCAGAUAUGGUGGACUUCCACCAUUGCAUACCACACAGUCAGACGUGGCGGCCACAAAACCCAGGGAGAACCUGCUGUGUUCUGAGAGCUUCAGAAAAUGACUGCUUGGAUAUAACUGUGGUGUGAGUUUAGUUUACAUACAAAGAGUAGGAUCUGUUCCUGUUUCCUUUGUCCGAGGUGGUUCUUUCCUCAUAAUGAGGUAUUAAUUAUUUAUUGGAUACAUAAAGAAGAAGUUGGUACAUAGACUGAUAUAAAACAAAUGUGAUAGCUGGC